AUGUCAUUGAUAUUGAACAAAAAACGUGGUUCAACUCGACCAUUAUGGUUAAUAAUUGUAUUAAUAUUUAUUUCAAUAAUAAUGAUUUAUUUGAAUAGAAAUAAUGUAUUUCGAUAUAAUUUUUAUAUUAAAAUUAAUUAUAAAAGUAAAUAUCCUUAUAUAGCAGUAAUUGUUGAUGAUAGAGCGAUUGAAUCAGUUGUUAAUACUGUAAACAAUGUUAUUGAACAUAUUCCUGUAGAUUGGAAAGUUCAAAUAAUAACACCAUAUGAAAAUUGGUCAUUCUAUAAUAAAUCUUCUCUUAAUCAAUAUAUAAAUAGUGAUAGAAUUUUAUUAACAGAUCUUGAACAAAAAUCAAAUGGUUUAGCUAGUGAUAAAUAUAUUAAUUCAAUAUUAACUUCAUCAUCAUUUUGGCAUAAAGUAUAUGGUGAUAAAGUAUUACUUUUUCAAAUAGAUGCUGUUCUUUGUUCAAAUUCUUCAUAUAAUAUAAACGAUUUUUUACAAUAUGAUUUUGUUGGUGCACCUUGGGUUGGUGGUGGUUGUUGUAAUGGCGGACUUUCAUUAAGAACUAGAUCAAAAAUACUUCAAAUGCUUGAAAAUAAACGUUUUCGUUUUCCAGUAAAUCAAAUAAAUGAAGAUGGAUGGUUUACAGACAAUUUACCUUAUUUUAAUGGUCGUGUUGCACCUAUUUCGAUUGCAAAAAAGUUUUCAGUCGAAAGUAUUUAUCAUCCUCGACCAUUUGGUGUUCAUAAACCUCAUACAAACACAAUUGGAUCAUACAAUAUGAACCGUCUAUGUAACGAAUGUCCGGAAGUUAGUGCGCUUGUUCCUUCUUGUAAAACAAACAUUAAAGUUAGUAAUUCAACUUAUUAA